AGCAUGUGUGAUGAAGUUUGUUGAUGGUCAAGGUGUGUGUCCACAAGAUACUGUUUUAAAGUAUACUCUAAGCCUCUGUCAUGGAGCUCAACUGGGAUGCCCCCCUGCUCAAUGGACGCCAGUCUUUCUUCACUGAGACCAGAUAUAACCAGUUUUCCAUCGCUCCUACCUUUACUGAGGUCCUGGAGGAUUCACUCCCUCCUGAGGUGAAAGAAAGAUUGCGAAGAGAGGCUGCAGAAACUUCAGAGAGGAUUCCAACACAAGCAGAAGUUCAGAAUGUCCAGGCGACUGCAGUUCAGCAGCCCAGUGCUGCUUCAAAACCUCCAGCCACGAGUGCUACCAAGAAACCUGCAGUCACAAGUGCGAACAUUAAACCCCCAGCACUGAACGUUUUAGGGAAGCCCCCGUCCUCCUACCCUGUACCCCGUAUCCCGUUCCCUCGGCUGUCUACACUGAUGCACGGAGAACAGAAGACCUACAUGGAGCUGUUCAGGAAAUACCAGUUUUACAACCCAGCGCGACCACCAGGGCCAAUAGAAAUGAGGGAAAUACAACAAUUUAGGGAUUUACAGAUGAAGGUAGGCCCUGAACAGGAGGAGUUUAUGCGGUACCUGGAGUUUGUAGCCACACAGAGUCCCCAAGACUAUAGCUUCAUGCAGCCACAGGCCAAAAAAUACAUACAGGAAGUUCUUACAGCAAACAACAGAAGCAUACCAAUGAUGGGCUACCCCCAGUUUUACAAGGUUUACCAGACAGUGGGCAUCUCCACUGUGGGCUUCAAAACAGACCCUGUCAUGAGACAUGUCAAAACACUGCUGGAAAUGGGCUCUGUUCCUGGACUGAAACUUCCCAAAGCCAAUGAAACCGCCAAGGUCCUGCCUUCGUAUGAAGAGAUCGUGGAUCACAAACCAGUCAACAUCCCAGCAAAAGUUGACAAAAACACCUCACAAAAGGUGGUGAGUGAGGAUGAGAAUGCUCAGAAAUUAGCAGCCAAAUAUGGAGCUCACAUAGUUCUGUCUGCCAGCGCUUUGUGCACCCUUCUGGACAACCAUGCACCCCACUACCAGGAGCAGUGGGAGCUACCUGUCACUGUCAAGGAGUCAACAUCAACAGGGGACAGUACAUGUACAACAAAGACUGUGGUCAUUGACAAACCUCUACCAAAGAAGAACAUAACAGCAAGAGAAAAGAACACACUGUUCCACAGUAUUGCCUUAGAGUUGUUCCUGACAGACAAAGGUGCCAGUACUGUACUGGAGAAACUGAGAUCAGAUAGAUACACAGCUACAGACAUACAUAACUUACAUGUAGAUGCCCCCAGUGAUGAAAUGGAACCUUCCAGUUCUAUUGAAAAAGACAUGCAACGGGAUGAUACCAAAGAGAAAAUGGGGAGGACAUGCCAAGAAAGGAAAGAAGAAGACCUUCUUGGAAACAACCAGGACUUGGCAGACCUGGAAACCUUUGGGGAGGGAAGCAGAAGAAGAAUCACCAAGAAAACUUCAGCUAAGAUGCAAACUGUUCAGACCACAAAGAUAUCACAAGAAAAAGAAGAAAGUCAGCAUGUCGAAACUCACACUGUAGACACAAAUAAGUCCAGAGAUAUAGAUGAUCAGUGUAAAGAAAUUGAAAACACAAGUUCACAGAUGGAGGUAACAGACAAUGAAGGCAAGCCACUUGUAGAGGCUGAAGAUCAUGUAGAGAAACUUGAAAGUACCAAGAAUGAAGUCACAACCAGUGCACAAGUAGCUUUAGAUAGUGAUGUAAACUCUGAGAAAAAAGAGGUUCAAGUAGAAGAGGAAGAAGGCAGGAGUGAAGAUACGAAGAAAGGGAAGACAAAGAAGCCUACAGCAAGAGGAUAUGCCAGUCAGGACAGUGACAGUGACCUUGGAUUGAUGAUUGUGACAGACUCAGACUCUCAAGGGGAAGGGUCACCUGUAAAAAUGAGAGGAAACCAAAAGAAGGUUUCUGAAACAAUAGAUUCUAGUGGUAGCAAAGAAGAUAAGUUGCAAUUAAAAGAAACAGAUCAAGAAUCCACAGAGAAGAAAGGUGACGGGCUAACUGAAGGGGAAAAUGACAGCAAAGUUAUCGAGUCAGCCAUGACAGGUAUGACCUUGAGGAAUAGAAGGUCAACAGGACAGGCCAAAAGUAGCCAGAUGUCACCGCCUCCUGUCAAAAGACAGAGAACUGAUUCAGAAGAACCUAGAACUGAUAAGGCAAAGAUGGAAGAUAAGUCUGCAACAGAUUCACAGAAAAAAGUAACAGAUGAUUCUUCAGACAUCACUGUUCAGGCAAAAGUACCACAAAUGACCAAAGACAGCAACGCUGAACCUGGAAAGACUGUUGCAGCAGAUCCUGCAGUACAGAGUACAGAGGACGGGGGCGCUGCUACCACCCGCAAGGGUGCAGCAGCAAAGUCUGAAUCAGAAGGAAAGGGAGGAGUUUUAGACACUUUGGGACAGAUUAUGCAACUACAGGAAAAUCUGCAAAAGUUCCAGGCAGAGGAAAAACAAGGUCAGGUAAAACCUAGUGUUCCACGAGGCGUGGUGUUACCACGACAACCUUCCUCCUGCCCACAGCCUGCGCCGUCGGGAGUGGAGCAAGCACCACAUUCGCGUGAACAACUGGAAUACUGCUUACCUGUUGAUCUAAAGCUGUGCCAGGAGAACCUUCAGGACUACACCAGGCCUGAGAAGCACAACGUGGUGUACAGCCUCAUGAGCUUUGGCAAGCUGUUACUACUGGUCAGGUCUGACCUUCCAGCUGUCAGUAGGACACCUGGGGGGCAUUUCAAGUGGUUUGCUCAUGUCCAGUCCAAGUUGGAGUACCAGCCUGACUUUGGAGUGGAACAGCUGACUCCUGGUGAGAUGUGCAGGGAAUGGAUCAGUACCUACAUCAUGCCUCCUGACUCACGACUAAUCAGAGUGAGGAUCAAUGCCUUCACCUCGGAGGUGAUGCUGGUUGAACAACUGAAGCACAACCAGAUAUUGGACCACAGAGUUCACUUCAGCCCAGGGACAGCCAUGAAAAUGUUACUGAGUGUUCUUGAGAAGGUACAGAGUCUUCCACCUGGAGACUUCCUUCUCACUCACAACCCUGGAGAUGUCCACAUCUGUAUCUACCAGAGUCUAGACUCUUCACUCUCCAAGAAAGGAGCCUAUGACCUGCACACUGCUCAUCAGCAGGCGGCAGCCACGCCCACCCCAGAGACACGCCCACCCUGGGUACCACUGGACCCCAGCAUCAUACUGCCACAGCACUGGCAGAAUGGACGGGUUCCAGCGACCUUUGAACCCCGACCCCCAAAUCCUCUCCCUGUCAAAAAAUGGCAGCCGCAGCCUGGAAAGACGAAGGGCAAGAAAAAGAAGAAAAGCAAGAAGACUUAGCCUCCCUAUAGCCUAUACCAGACUUUGGGAAGCAGCAGGAAUGGGUGGAAAACUGUUCUCUUAUAACGGACCAACUCCCAUGGUAUAUUUAUCAUCCAUAUGGCCAAUUUCUACUCUUUCCAGCCACUUCAGAAGCCUGGUAGAGGCUGUGUAAACGUGUAGUAUUAUAAAUCACUUGGAAGUGAAAGGGACAAAAAGACUGCCAUGACAGUUUCAUAUACGUGUACAGUUUUAUUUUCUUCACAUGUAUGUACAAAUACAAACAUUUUUGCUAGCUUGCUAUAAAUUGUACAAUGUCAAACAUAUACAGAUUCCAAGCAGAAAAAUCAACUGUCUUGUCCAAAUUUCAUCUACAAAAAAGUAGACUUAUCUAUACAUGUGCUUCCAUUAAUUUAAGCCUAUCCAAAUGUUGGACUUUUUCACAAUUGUAACCUUUUUUCUGUAAGAACAGAAUACAGCAAAGAACAUGCACCAUUUUCAUAAAUGUGUCAUGUGAUGCUCUAUUUAAUAAAAACUGAACCAAAAACAAUAAAAUACUUCAAUGACAGAAGAUUCAAUACAUACUAUAAUUUAGCUGUAUGAUGUAGAUGCAACAGAUGAUUCUAAUUUUCAGUUAAACCAAAUUAAACCCAACAUAACUAUACUAGUAACGGCUCAUAACGUCUUUUGUUUCCUUUGCUGCUUAAAAAAUGACUUGGAUGUCGAUCCAAAGCAAGCCAAAAAAAA